AUGGCGUCUCACAACGGACUUGAGUGCUGGAUGUGCCUUGGCGGGGCGACGCACGCCUGCCCGCGCUGCGACGUCGCAUACGGGACCGCCGUCUGCCUGACGUGCUUUGAGAAGGCGGCCCGCCAGGCCGACACGAAGCGCAAGCUUGGCCGCCUACGGCACGACGCGCUCGACUGGUCCGGCGCGCCGCGAGGAGAGCGGCCGCUGCGGCCGGUCGACAUGGCGACGACGCCAGCUUCGCCGUGCCAGAGCUGCACGCGCGAGUGCCUGCAGUCACAGCUGCGGCUGCUUCCGGCGCCCGCGCCGCCGCUCGCUGCAGGCCCCGGCGGCCAGCAGGCACCGCCAGUGCCGGUGCAGGUGCCGGCUGUGGAGGCGGCGGCGGCGACGGCCGCGCCAGCGACGCCGGCCGAGCUCGCGCCGCUGCCUGCGGAGGCUGCCUCGCCGCCGGCAGGCGGUGCGGCGGCGCCCUCUGCGGGCAGUGCGUCCUGGCUCACGUUCCUCGGGACGGCCACCGCGUGGGUUGGGGGGGCCGUGCUCGAGGCAGCGGCGGAGGGCCUCCGCCGAGCAAAGCGGCGGCGAUGCGAGGGGGAGCAGAGGGAGGGAGGGGGGGGGGGGGAGGACGAGGCGCCGCCUUUCGGCUCGAGCGGGCGGGCGCGCCUCGGCGGCCCCUCCGCCGACGAGGCGGGCGGCGGUGGCGCGCCGCCGGCCGCGCCGGCCGCGCAGGCCGCCGUGCGCACCAUCACCGCUGCAGGCGCCGAGGCAGUUCGGCAGGCAGACAGGGAGGGGCUCUCCCUUGCCACGGGCGGGAGCAACAGCGGCUACAAAGGCGUGACCUACUGCCCGAAGAGGAAAGGCAGCAAGAAGUACCAGCUGAUGGCGACGGUUGGAGGCAAGAGUGUCUUCCUCGGCUGGUUCGCCACCGCCGAGCAGGCUGCGCUCUUCUACGCCCGCAGGGAGGCGGGCAGGGACACCAGCGAUCUCACCGCGCCGCCGCCACCGCCGCCGCCGCCCGCACCUUCCUCUGCCGCUGGCGCCGACGCAGUUCGGCAGGCGGGGAGGGAGGGUCUGAGUCUGGCAACGAGCAGCAGCAGCAACAGCGGCUACAAAGGCGUGUACUACUGCCCGAAGAGGAAAGGCAGCAAGAGGUACGAGCUGAAGGAGUCGGUUGGCGGCAAGGUGGCCAGCCUCGGCUUUUUCGCCACUGCCGAGCAGGCGGCGCUCUUCCGCGCCCGCAGGGAGGCGGGCAGGGAUACCUCCUAG